AUGGCUGCCGCUCAGCAGACGCCCACCUUCAAGCUCGUCCUUGUUGGCGAUGGUGGUACUGGAAAGACCACCUUCGUCAAGCGCCACUUGACUGGUGAAUUCGAGAAGAAGUACAUGGCUACCCUGGGUGUCGAGGUUCACCCUCUAGGUUUCACCACGAACUUCGGUCAGAUUCAGUUCGACGUCUGGGAUACCGCCGGCCAGGAGAAGUUUGGCGGUCUCCGUGAUGGAUACUACAUCAACGGCCAGUGCGGUAUCAUCAUGUUCGAUGUCACCUCCCGUAUCACCUACAAGAACGUCCCCAACUGGCACCGCGAUCUUGUCCGCGUUUGCGAGAACAUCCCUAUUGUCCUCUGUGGCAACAAGGUCGACGUGAAGGAGCGCAAGGUCAAGGCCAAGACCAUCACCUUCCACCGCAAGAAGAACCUCCAGUACUACGAUAUUUCCGCCAAGUCUAACUACAACUUCGAGAAGCCCUUCCUCUGGCUCGCGCGCAAGCUUGUUGGCAACCCUGCUCUGGAAUUUGUUGCCGCGCCGGCUCUCGCCCCCCCUACCGCCCAGGUUGACGAGAAGCUUCUCGAGCAGUAUCGCAAGGAGAUGGAUGAGGCUGCCAACAUGCCCCUGCCCGGUGAGCUGUCGGACGAGGAUCUGUAA